CUUAUGUACAUGUAUACGGCGGAGCCACGCCCAACUAAGAUCCAUCAGAGCUCUUGUCAGUCAAGAUCUAGCUAGCUGGAUCUAUAAAGUCUAGUAGAUCUACAUUGUAGAAGUCUGCUCCAUUAUGUCUGAAGAGGAUACCAUUAGAUCUAGUUGUGAGAGGCGUGAUAGCAAGAGGGAGAGUGUGCUUUACAAAGUGGUGCUCACUGGAGGUCCCUGUGCUGGCAAAACAACAACUGUUGCGAGGCUGCGAACAUUUUUUGAGAACCUUGGAUGGAAGGUGUAUACUGUACCUGAAGCUGCUACGAUUCUGCUUGGAGGUGGUGUGAAGUAUUCUGAAGUGAGCCCUAUUCAAGCUCAAGAAUUUAAUCGUAAUAUUCUCAAGACAAUUCUUCAAUUGGAGACUACUUUCUUUGAGAUGGCUGCCGAGGACAAGAGGAAUGUGAUUGUAGUGUGUGACAGGGGCACUUACGACCCCUCAGCCUUUUGCCCAGCAGAGGAGUGGCACGAGAUAAUCUCUAGUUUGGGUUGGGAUUCGAUACAGCUGAGAGAUGCUCGCUAUGACCAAGUGGUGCACAUGAUGACAGCUGCUAGUGGAGCUGAACAGUUUUACCAGCUGGCUAAUAAUUCAGCUCGUAGUGAAGGCAUUGAGUUAGCAAGGGAGCUGGACACAAAAGCUGCUCAGGCGUGGGUGGGCCAUCCAUACUAUGAUGUCAUUGACAACUCAACUGAUUUUGAGUCCAAGAUUAGACGUGUGAUUGAAGUUGUGUGUAAGAGAAUAGGUAAACAACUCGGAGCUGACAUAGAUGAUCGAUUAAAGGCUCAAAGCAAAAAGAGAAAGUUCCUUGUCAAGUCACUACCUGAUUCUUCUCUGUUUUCCAAGGUAGAGGACUUCGAUGUAACACACGACUACCUGCUCACCUCUAAUCCCCAGCUCCAAGCCAGGGUUAGAAAGCGAGGACAAAACGGAUAUUUUACAUUCACGCACACUGAACGGAGGACAAUGGAUGGCAAGAGGGUGGAACAGAUCAUGCAGCUGAGUGACAGGGAGUACCGCGCUCUCCUAAAUCAGAGAGAUCCAACCCACCACCCUAUUCACAAAAAGAGGAAGUGCUUCCUGUGGAAAGGACAUUACUUUCAGCUGGACGUGUUCUUGGAGCCUUGUAGUCAGAGAUGUCAAGAUAUGUUGAUGUUGGAGACGUACACUACCAAGCAAGGGGAUGAGCUGGAGUUGCCUGAUUUCUUGGAGAUUGUCAAGGAGGUGACUAGUGACCCUCACUAUUCAAUGUACUACCUUUCAGCUCAGGACUAGUAAUAAUUGGUCUGUUUUAUAAUUAUUAUUUAUAGUUGCGUAGAAAAAAUUAUUUAGCCCUAAAACAGAAGAAGUACACCGUAAACCAAUUAACAAUUAUGACUGUUAUUUUUAUGAUAAUUAAUGUUGUUCGUGUAUAAUGGCUCAAUUUAACUCUUAUGACCAACCAAAA